AUGCAGUACGGCGGCGCCGGCCAGGGCGAGUUCAAUCGGCAGCAGGCGGCGACGCAGAGCCUCCUGGGCUCCACCGCCCCGGGCGCAGGCCACGCCGCCGCCAGCUCUGCCGGCCAGCACUUCGCCGGCCAGUCGCCCCAGUACCAGCAGCAGCAGGCCGCGACGCAGGGCCUGCUGUCGGCAGGCUCGCCGCACCCGCAGCACGCGGAGGCCCUGCGGUCCCCGUCGCCCGCCGCGCGGGCGCCGUCCCCGGCGCCGCCGGGCGCCGGCAGCCUGGGGAGCCUGGCUGCCGCCCAAGACGCGAGGACGCAGCAGCUGCUGGGCGGCGGCGCGGGCGCGGGGGGGCAGCAGCCUGGCGAGUGGGCGCGCCAGGAUGCCGUCACCCAGGCGAUUCUCGCGUCGAGGGCGUCUUCUCCCGCCGCGGAUCGAGCGGCCCGGCCGCGCGCGCUGCGGGACGAGGAGCGUCGCGGCAGUCUGCGGGAGGCCAAGGCGAUUAACCCGCUGGGGGACACGGUCACCUGCUUCCGGAUGGUGCUGAACGGCGAGAUCGAGUCCGCGCAGAUGGGCGCAAGCGGGCCCCUCAUGUGCGUGUUCUCCGUCCAGCACGGGGCGGAUUGGACCAUCGUCUCUGGCGCCCCGAACGGCGUCACCCAGCUGGCCUGCAGCACCUCGCCGCUGGUCGCCUCGAUCGCCGCGAGCCUCCGCGGGGGCCGGCUGAGAGAGGUGGUGUGGAACUUCCCCAUCGGGCUCGUGCUCAAGUCCACCUCGCCUUUCGGCUGGCCUCGGAUAGCGGUGGUCGUCUACGGCACCGACAUGUGCAACCGGCGGGUUGUGAAAGGCUACGGCUCCGUGCACGUGCCCUGCCAGCCUGGCCGGCACGUGCGGACAGUGAGGCUGUACUGCCCCCUGUCGUCGUCCCCGCUGACCCGGCUGUUCGGGGCGCUCUUCGCCAAUCCGGCGCAGCUGGUGGACCCGAGGAUCAUCACCGGCGUCGAGUCUCGCGAGGUGAUUCGGGUGCAGUCUGGCGGCCAGGUGCGUGUGACGUUCGAGGUGAUGCUGAAGGACACCGAGACGUUCAACUACUCAUUCUGA